CACCUUUUUCUUAUAACCAAUCAAUCAUUUGUUCAAAAAAAAAAAAAAAAAAAAUGUCUCUAUUCAAAUUGACCGGCUGAUGAACAACACGUCACACUCAAAAAUCUAGGCUUUUGUUUUCAGCUUUUUAUAUCAAAAUAACUUGAUUAAUUAAUUAAUUAAUUAAUUUAUAUCGACAAAGAAUAUUAUAAUAAUAAUAAUGAUGAUGAUGAUGCAUCAUCAUCAAAACGAUAACGAAAUUCGCAUAAAAGCCGCCUAUAAUGGCGAAAUAAUGAUAAUCUAUAUACAGCCAAUUAUUACAUUGGAAAAUCUUUGUCAGGAAAUGAGAGAAAUCUGUAAAUUCGAUCAUGAACAAAAUUUCACCAUGAAAUGGGUCGAUGAAGAAGGCGAUCCAUGUGUGAUAUCAUCACAAGCCGAACUAGAAGAAGCCAUACGACAAUAUGAAUUGAAUAAAGAUUCGGAAAUUAAAAUACACGUGUUUCCCAAUGUUCCUUGUCCUGGUUUACCAUGCAUUGGUGAAGACAAAUCAAUUUAUCGUCGUGGUGCACGUCGAUGGCGUAAAUUAUAUCAUGUGAAUGGACAUAUAUUUCAAGCAAAACGUUUUAAUCGUAAAGCAUUCUGUGCCUUUUGUAAUGAUCGUAUAUGGGGCCUGGGACGUCAAGGUUUCAAAUGUAUCAAUUGUAAAUUGAUGGUACAUAAAAAAUGUCAUAAAUUAUUUCGUGAUACGUGUUCCGGAUUAUUACUUGAAACGUCGACCAAUUCAACUGCACAGAAUCAAUCACAUUCAUCGGGUUCAAGUCCAUCAUCGAUCGAUGUACAUCAUCAUCAUCAUCAUCACGGUCGUUCCAAUCAUCAUAAUAACAAUAUGAAUGGAACAGAUAUAACUAUUUUAUCCAAAGAUGAUAUUAAAUUACGUCCAGCACAUACACCUGGUAGUCGACGUAAACAUCAAUUUGAAUCAUCAUCAAAUCAAAUGACACCAUAUCAACCGGUUAUUCGUCAUAAAGAUGGACAAGAUGUCAAUGUACAGAAUCAAUCAUUUGGUGAACAUUCAUCAUUAGCAACGGGUACCAUAUCAGCUUCAGGUGGUUCACAUCAAUAUUCGCUUGAUGAUUUUGAAUUAUUACGUGUAAUUGGUCGUGGUUCAUAUGCCAAAGUUUUGAUGGUCGAAUUGAAACGAACGAAAAGAAUUUAUGCAAUGAAAGUUAUUAAAAAAGAAUUGGUCACCGAUGAUGAAGAUAUUGAUUGGGUACAGACAGAGAAACAUGUAUUUGAAACUGCUUCAAAUUAUCCAUUUCUGGUUGGUUUACAUUCAUGUUUUCAAACACAAUCAAGAUUAUUUUUUGUCAUUGAAUUUGUACGUGGUGGUGAUCUAAUGUUUCAUAUGCAACAACAACGACGAUUGCCUGAAGAACAUGCCAGAUUUUAUGCGUCUGAAAUAACGUUAGCAUUGAAUUUUCUUCAUGAACGUGGUAUCAUUUAUCGUGAUCUCAAAUUGGAUAAUGUUCUACUUGAUCACGAAGGUCAUAUUAAAUUAACUGAUUAUGGAAUGUGUAAAGAAGGUAUACGAAAAGGUGAUACAACCGGAACAUUUUGUGGUACACCUAAUUAUAUUGCGCCGGAAAUACUUCGUGGUGAAGAAUAUGGCUUUGAACCUGAUUGGUGGGCUUUAGGCGUUCUUCUUUAUGAAAUGUUGGCAGGACGUUCGCCAUUCGAUAUAGUCGGUGCAACAGAUAAUCCAGAUCAGAAUACAGAAGAUUAUCUAUUUCAAGUAAUACUUGAAAAAACAAUUCGUAUUCCACGUUCCAUUUCGACCAAAGCUCAAUCUGCAUUGAAAGGAUUUUUGAAUAAAAAUCCACAAGAACGUUUAGGUUGCCAUCCAGAUGACGGAAUAUCCGAUAUUCAAACACAUCCUUUCUUUAAAUCUAUUGAUUGGGAACUGCUUGAAGCAAAACAAGUACAACCACCAUAUAAACCAAAAUUGGAAACAGAUCGUGAUUUAAAACAUUUUGAUCGUCAAUUUACUGAUGAACCAGUUCGACUUACACCGGAUGAUUUACGUGUGAUUGAAAAAAUUGAUCAAAGUGAAUUUGAAGGUUUUGAAUAUGUUAAUCCAUUAUUAAUGUCAAUGGAAGAUACGGUUUAAGAUAUAUACACGAUUAUUUCAUCAUCACCAACAAAUAAUUUAUUCGACAAAAAAAAACAGCCCCUUUUAAAAAAAAAAUCAAAAAUUUCUAAUCGUCGUGCCUAUAUCACAACACAUACACAUGGUUUUUUUCCAAAAAAAAUCAAUCAAUUAUCAUCAUAUAU